GCUGGCCGUGGUGACGUCUUGCUGAGUGUGUGUUGAUGGUGGCGGAGGAAUCUGCUGAGCCGACAUUUCGGAGGCACUUCGACUCCCAGCUACCCGGGAACAUGGUGUUAGGGGACAGUAUUUUUGAGAACUCUUUAUAAAUGGACAGCACCACCAUGACAUUUAUCGAAGGAGUUGGCGAUGAAGUUACAGUUCUGUGUGGAAUAGUUCUUCUGGUACUGGCACUUAUUCUUGCCUGGCUCUCCACUCAUGUUGCUGAUCAUAGUGAUCAAAUAUUUGGAACCAUUGUUACAACAGCAAACUCAUCAUUAGUGGGCCUAAACAGUGUAGAGAGGUAUGUGGCAAAUACAGCAACUCCUGAAGCAGAUGAAGCCCAGUCAGCUGCUGCACCUGUUGAGCAGAAACCAGAGGAAGGAGAUGAUUCUGGGAUGGGAGCAUCACCUGGAAAUAAUGGACCCACAAGUGAUCAGGUGCCAAUUGAAGGGGCUUCCAAUUUAACCGAUUCGAGUAUCGAUCCUCUCUUGAACAUACAGGGUUUACGCAAGCGAGCAUCAACCAGUGCAAUUAGCACUGGAGAAGGACUGGACCGGGCAAUGCUGGAGAACUGUAAUGUUCACCCUCUCACAGUGGGUAGUGGUGAUACAGGUGAAGGGCAAAUUCAAGUGCGACUGAAGUUUUUAAAUGAUACUGAAGAGGUUGCACGAGUGAAACCAGAUGAUACCGUUGGGUUUCUGAAGAGCAAGUACUUCCCAGGGCAAGAGCAGCAAAUGAAGUUAAUUUACCAGGGCCAGCUUCUGCAAGACCAUUCCCGCACCCUUGGCUCCCUCAACAUCACUGACAACUGUGUGAUCCACUGUCACAUUUCGCAGACUUCAUCCUCCCCCAGCCCUACUGUGUCCUCUGUGGUGGAACAGAACCAAGCUGCCCUUAACGUUGGCAAUCUGAUGAUCCCAGUUUUUGUCAUCAUGCUUGCUGUAGUCUGGUACUACCGCAUCAACUAUCGCCAGUUCUUCACUGCACCAGCCACAGUUUCGCUGGUUGGUGUUACUGUUUUCUUCAGUUUUCUCGUGUUCGGCAUUUAUGGUCGAUAAAGACACAGUGAUAUAUUCUCAUUCAUCUUGAUCAUUUGCUUAUCCAGCCCAACUGAAUGUGGUGUUACUGGUCAAUGUUGAAAUAAGAUGUGAUGUGGAACCAGUGUACUUUUUUUUAAAAAAAGAGGGGAUCCAGCUUGGCACUGACUUUUUGAGUACCAUGCUGUUGGCAGUUACUAGAAUUUAAUGUUAUAAAUUUAAACAAAACCUAGCUAGAACAAUGAUCAUUUGCAAUGAAUUGGAAAUUGGGACUUUUACUGUUGACUUAUUAAAAAGGGUAAGGUUACAUUGAACUAAAAUUUUCAUAUUGUCAAAUCCUGAUAAAUGCAAAGCAAAUUUGUCUCCCAAAAAAAUCUAAGGAUCCAUAAAUAUAGAAAAUCAGGUCUUGCAUUCAAUGAAGGUUAAACUGCCUGUAUGAAGAUUCAAAUUUUAUGCUCAUAGAUUAUCCUCGACCAUCAGAAAUAUCUCACCCCGUAUGGCAUUGAAGAUACGUGAUUGGAUUUCCCAUAGUGCUAGUGAAUAGAAAUUUGACAUGUGCUAAGCAUGCAUUUAUCCAAGCACCAUUAUAAUUACAGUAUCAGUAGUCAGCUUGUAAGCUCUUUUUUUGGGAGAUGAGUGUCUCCGUGUUACUGUAAACUUAAUACUAAAAAAGCCAAUAAUUGCACCAAGAAAUAAAGCCUUGUUACGUGGACAAAGAAGAUGCUGUAGUAUGUUGUGACAGUGGUCUUCAAAUGUUAGGGAGAUGGAGACGUAUUUAAAGGGUGUAUCCUUUUCUUGUCCAUGAUGCUGCUGAAUGCCUUUAUUGAUGGCAGUCAGCAAAGGAGCUCAGCAGAUGAUCAAUUCUACGAGUUUUACCCCUGAUUUUUUUUUGAAUGUCAGGCUAUGUAAUAUUUACAUGAUUUUUUUAUAAUUGCUUAAUCAUGUUAAGGUGCAGCAACCAUUGUAUUUGCAUAACUAUUAAAAUAUGUCCAAUUUCUGAUUUGUUCAAUGACUGCUUUCCUAAUAUCAUGUUAUCCUAAAAUUAAACAGUUGCAGUUAAAAAUCAGAGUAUGAAAGGGGAAAGAAGUGAAGCUAGCAGUGAACAAAUUAGACCGCUUUGUAGGGAAGUAAAGUUCUACAACCAGAAAAGAGCAGCAGAUAUUUUUUUAAAACGUGGACCAGUGGAUAAUGGAACAACUUAUUUUAUAAUCGGAAACAGGAGCUUUACUAAGAAAUUACCACGGCAAACUGAGAGACAUGGCAUAAACUUGUAAGAGUACAACAGCGGCAGAGAGUUUAUUGGAAUAUCGCUUACAAUUUUAAAUCCACAGAUUUAAUGUUGUUAAAAGGAGCAAUUCACCAAAUUUGUUGACUGUUAGAUGGGUUAUAAGUGCAUCUGAGUUUUAUUGAGUCUGUAGUUCCACAGGAACUACAGCAAAGAUUUCCUCAAUUGAUGUAUGCUUAAUCAGUACUUCUCAGGCAUCGCUGAUUUAAAAUAACCUUUAUGAAGAGAGACCUGCUUGUCUCGGAGUUAUUUUCAGCAGAAAAUCAGAAAUCCGGCAUAUACUAAGGUAAAGAUAGGAAAAGUAAGGUUGAACACUUGGGAAAGAAAAAAUACAAUGAUAGUCAAUGUAUAAACAAUGGGGAACCUGAAGGAAAAGGAGUGUAGUGUCACAAAGUUAGGAAGUCUGAUGUUGGCUGGUACUGGAAAAUGUAGGGGUGGGGGAAUGAGUUGAUGAAUCCAAAAUAUGAAAGCGUCCAGGUUGGAGGGGAAAUAUUGUAGCUAAAAAGUUGGUUACCUAAAAGGGAUUCAGCAUAGCAAAUGCCUAAAAGGAAUUGUCAAUACCUCUGCUGCUUUUAUAACUUUUUAAAAAUUGUUUGUGCCUUUGUGAUUUUAAAAUAUUGCUGUUUAUUUUCAGAUCUGUAGAACAGGCCUGCAUUGUGCUGAAAGGGUUAUUGGGUUUAAAAUCUAAUAUUUCAGAAAUGUUCUCCCUUUGUUUCGCAAUAACAGCUCAUUGAAUGUAAUAAAAGACAGAAACGA